AUCUGCGGGCUACCUUCUAGAGACGACCGUCUAUUUUCCGGAUGUGACGUUACGUCAAAACAACAAUGAAGCAUUUCUAUUGGCUGAUUCUGGAAAGUGACGUCAGGUCCAGUCUCGUCCAGAACCAAUGAACCGCAGGAGAGCGCCUCGUCGCAUCUCUCACUCUCAGAGGAGGGAUGCACCAGCGGGAGGAGAAUGGAGACAGAAGAAAGAAGAGCAAUGGCGAGGCCAAAGCAUAGCACAGACGAGAGAGGUGGUGGUGGAGGAGGAUGAGAGACGUGAGCAGCAUGGGGAAAAUACCGUGCCCAGGGGGACCUGCCAGACCAUGUGUCCUGCUCGUGAGCUGCGGGACCGCGAGCUGCAGAACCGCCUUCACCGUUUCGAGAUGUUAGCGGGCACAGAAAGAGAUCGGCGGCCCAGGGGAGACCCCUCGCGUGCUGUCAAAGAGUAUUCCAGACCAGCAGCUGGGAAAGACUCAACAAACCCCACUGACCUCCGUCCACCUGCUGUGUUGCUGAAAACUGUGUUUUACCUUAUUGAUGACAUCGCUGCCUCCCCUCACCUGCAUCCUUGGACUGAGGUGUACAGCUUUGUCUUUGAUCGGCUGCGUGACGUGAAACAGGACAUGAUCAUCCAGAGGGUGGCUGGUUUGAAAUGUGUUGCCAUUUUAGAGCGGACAGUGCGUUUCCUCAUCUACGCCUCUUAUCGGCUUUGUGGCGAGCCCCUGCGUCUCUACGACCCACGCAUUAACGACACACACCUACAGGAGAAUCUGAGCUGGCUGUUGGAUUGCUACGCAACGGGAACAGGACCGCAUCCCAACCAGGAAGAGAUCCAAGCUCUUGGUCUCCUGUACAACUUGGGUUCAGCUCGCGCCACACAGCACAUCAUGGAGCUCCCCGAGUGGCUCCGCAGCGCUCCUGCCAUCGCACUCGCUCUUUCCAUCAACCGAGCGUUUCUGGAGCGAAACCCCGUACGUUUGCUCCGAUUGGCUCAGAGGUUGAACUUCCUCCAGAGCUGUGCUCUGCACCGUCACCUGGUGACAUGUCGUAGAGAUCUGCUGCUAAUAUACAGCCACGGAUACAGCAGCCGCAACUGUCGCUUUCCUCUUGACAAACUGGCUCGGCUCUUGUCCUUAGACACGUCACUCGCGGCCCGACUCUGUCAGGCGUAUGGAGUGCAGGUUAACAAGGACAAGCAGUUGGUUUUCUCUAAGACUGCUUUCACUGAGCCUGAACAAGGGAAACUGCACUGCAAACUGUAUCACAGCAUAGUGGCAGAGAAACAGAAGGACCUCAGUGUUGGGAGCAUCAUUCACGGUUGCGCUUGAGACAAAUAAAAGGCAGCUUAAUAUUAUGUUCCUGCAAUAAAGGAGGCUGCAGUUUCACGAUCGCAUUUCUAUAACCCCAGUUUUAUUCCACCUAAAUACGAUUUUCUGUCCGCUGCAACGUGAUCUCAAAGAAAUAGCCCUACAUGAAAUGACCACGACCUCUUAUCACCGCAUUACAUGGUGGUGGUGGUGGCACGUAAUUGUGUUAAAUGAUGUGCCGCCACCAUGGAAACCGUUUAGGUUUAGGCAGUAAAACUACUUUGUUAGCUUUAGGAAGGAAAAGAUCAUGGUUUGGGUUAAAAUAAGUACCGUUACGUUUGUUGCGUAUUUUAACCCUUCGCAAACUGCCCUCCUGUUUGUACAGCGGAAUAACCGAACCGCUAAAGAUAUCAACAACUCCCGAGAGGGAGAGAGAGAUGCAAAGUUAGAAAACCGAAUAGAAAUAACAUGACAUUUGACUGGGUGAUAACGUGUAUUGUGGGGUAAACAGGCAGUCGUCAAUGUUUAAUUAUUAUGAAUAUUUAAACUUCAUUAAUAUGGUAAAAUAAUGUGUAAUAAACAAGCAAUUACUGAAACUGCAGCUUCCCCUAUUGAAGGAACAUGCUACUCCAAAGGAGUUCAUCGGUAGUAACGUGAUGCUUGAUUGGUAUCCAUAGAAAAAUCUGUUUGCUCUUGUCCCUCCACAGGGAGGUCAGUGCCACUGGCAGGGAUUUAAGUCUAGUCUUAAGGACACUUCAGCAGUUGUUUCAUCUUUAUACUCUUGUUACAGAUUUGAGCCUUGGGGCUUCUUUCCAGGACACAUGUUCAACAUCAGGGUCAGGGCUUUUGUUGAGCUAAUGCUGUGCCAUGCUUCCACUGAGAGAGGCUGAACUCAGAGAAAAGUACCCUCUUGGUUCUGGAGGUGCUUUUUCAUCCUGAUCAUACACUUCAUGGUUCCUGAUUUACUUUAAGAUGUGAAUUACUUUUAUAUUGUCACUGUACUGUGUUAUGUUGUUACUCUUUAAAGCUGCAGUCGGUAACUUGUUUAACUGUAACGUGAGAAAGUUGAGCCAAUACCGAGCACCACCCACCGGCCAUAGCAAACUUUCUCAUUUUACAGCUAAACAGUUCACUACAAGAUGUUUCUGAAAACAUUUGAGAAGAGAAAUGGGCAUUACAGUAACAGAAUCUUGAUUCAUAUUUGAUCAGCGCUGCCUAGUUUGAC